UAGAGGCCUAUAUGUACGUACGUAUGUUGGUUCAUGCGGCAAAUAGACACGCAGUCCGACGAGGCACUCCUCCGUAAGCCUCAGUCUGGCUUGAGCCACCGAGAGAGAAGCACGUGUACGCCCGUUUCUCUUCAUGAACUCGACACUCGCCUCCCGCAACCACCUGUGGAUGGCCAGUACCGACAGAUUUUGCUAACUCUUUUGUGAUUAUUUGAAUAACCAGAUACGAUGAAAAAAUAUGUGACAGUUAUAGCAGAAAAGGAAUAAAGUGCGAUUUGUGGAUUACUAAAGAGUUUAGCGAGAAAGAACCGCAGAUAUUGGGAAAUUUCUACAACCCGUUUAAUUUAAUUGCUUCUCCCGCAGUCUAUUUGUUUUCUCCUGGCGGUGGACUAAAUACAAUAAGUGCAAAUCACACAGGCGUUGCUCAGUUUAUAUGUCAAGAAAAUUUUCGAGACAGCUGAUCGGAGACAUCAACAGGGAAAAAAAUAGUGAUCCAAAUAUCGUGGUAACUUAUGACUCUUUAAAUAAGAAUCGGUUAAAAUUUCGAAAUGCCCGAUCGGUUAGACUUUUAAAUCCUUCAACAACAAGUACAAGAAAUCGAGCAAGCCGCAUUUUCUUUCAUGCAACUCAGUGUUACCAAGAUUAUUGUUUUGCGUGUGAUUUACAAGUGUUACCAAGGCCGUGGGUAAGGUAAUCGUAACAUACAUUCCGAUCGCGAAGGCUAAUCUGUAAGUGAUUUAUCCUUGCAAGACACUAACAGUGAUAACGAGAAAGUGUGAAAAUUCCGAGCCAAUCUCCCAGCAAAGUCUCGUUGAGCGUGACAACUGCCCGGCGUUCGCGUGUGCUCAUUAACGAAAUCUUCGUUAUGUAUGGAUUGCGUUCAGUCGGUCGACGCAACGCACGAGGAAGAUAAGAUGAAAGAUUGUACUUAAUCCUAAAAAAAAAAUAAGAAUAAAGGAGAAGAUACGAGGCGACAAAUUCCUUUUUGUUUCGGUCGCAUCGCACCGUGACACAGAUAACGAAAGAGAGAAAGCGAUAGAGCGAGAGAGAGAGAAAAAAAAAAAACAAAAACAAGAAGAGAUACAUAAAUAUUAAAACAGAAAGAACGAUACCGCAUUUCAUUAAGAAAAUCUAUAUCAACCCCCCCACGUAUUUCCUUGAGGAAAAGAAAAUAACAGGAAAACAAAAAUAAUGUCCGUCCACAGCCAGAGUGCAAAGGACAUAGGUGCUUCCUGAGAAACAGGAGGAGCUAUUAAGAAGGAAAACGAGGAGGCGCAACAAACACACCCAGUAAGGAGGGAAAUUACAUACUUCACAAAUAGACAAAAGGGCAUCGCAAGAUGGAUUCCUGUGUGCAGCCACUCGGCCUAGGCAGCCUCCCUUCCUCCCACAUGUUCCUGCUGCAGCCGCGCCUACUGCUGCUCCUCCUGCUGUUCCUGCUGGUUGGCGGGCAGGAGCCUCCGCCUAACUAUUCGCACGACUUGCUGCCCGAGACCAACUUCACCUGCAGCGACAAGGCGACGGGCGGUUACUACGCCGAUCCGGAGGCAGGCUGUCAGAUGUUCCACGUGUGUGUCAGGGUCUCCGAUGAAGAGAUUCGUGACUUCAAGUUCCUGUGCCCGAACGACACGGUGUUCGACCAACAGAACUUCAUCUGCGCCAACUGGAGGGACAUCGACUGCAAGCGCUCCACUCGGUACUACAGCAAGAACGACUUGUUCCGGGUGGACGAGUCGGCGGCCGAAGAGGAGUACGAGACCGAGUCAUCGAGCUCCGUCUUCUACGAGGACAACUACGAGUACGGCGACCUGCAGGGGAGGAACUCGCCCGAGUACGUGUACGAGUACUACGAGUACGAGGCCGACCACAGGUUCAGCACGGGCGCCGGCGGCAGGAAGGGCAAGUCUCAGAACGGGGACGCCGCGCAGUCCCCGAACGCCCUCUCCACGUCCCCCUCGAUCGCCACGGCCACCACUGCGGCCGCGCCGUCCACUUCCACCACGACCUCCACCUCCACCUCCACCACCACCACCACAACAACAACAACGACAACCACCACUACGACGCCCAAGCCUACCACAACCACCACUACGACGAACCACCACCACCCCCCGGCCCACCACAAGUACGACCCCCCGCAUCACCACCCACCGGCCGCCCCUGCCCUUCCGCCCCGCCUUCCGCCUGGGCAAGCCCGUGGUCAGCAUCAGCAGCUCGCCGGGGUCCGGCCAGGCUGGCCCCCCCCCGCCCCGGACCGCGCCUCGAGGCCCGAAUUCUCCGGCCGCUUCGAGACCUUCCUGGCCGACGAGCACGAGGACGAGGACAACCUGUUCCAAGGCGUGAGCGAUCCCUUCGCCAGCUACGACUGGCGCCGGGAUUCCUCCGGAGUGACGGCGUCCACGAAGACGACCUACGAGCAGCGAUUCGGGACGGGCCCGCGGUCCCGCCCCGCGGCGCCGCUCUUCUCCCCCGCCAGCAGGAACCAAGAGUUUACCUCCACCACCGCCAGGAACAGGGAGCCCGAGCCGCCCACGCCCACCACGGAGAGGGCGGAGGAGGAGGCCGCGUGGACGGGCCGGCGGCGCGGCAGACCCUCGUCCGGCCGGGGGACCUCCAGGUACUCCUCCGUCGGCCGGUCCCGAUCCCCGCCCGCCGCCUCGCCCGACGCCUCCCACGGCGAGUUCGCCAACUUCCGCUACUACAAGACCGUCUUGGAGAAUGGGAACUCGGGCUCCGCUGCCGCGCCCCAGGAGGCGACCGCGGGCGCCAGGGUUCGGCCCUCGAGGUUCGUCUCGUCGAGGUCUGCUUCCAGGAACACCAGGUACUCGGUGUUCGGUUGAAGGAGUAGGGCCCUAAUGCAUUCGUCUACGCCUUGAACGAGCGCGCGCACACACACACACACACACACACACA